AUGGGACACUUAAAAAUAUUUUAUUUAUGGCCGACCAAUUGUGCCACGGCGGGCUGUGCUGCUGCCUACAACAAGCAUAUUAACAUCAGCUUCCACAGGUUUCCUUUGGAUCCUAAAAGAAGAAAAGAAUGGAUUCGCCUGGUUAGGCGCAAAAAUUUCGUGCCAGGAAAACACACUUUUCUCUGUUCAAAGCACUUUGAAGCCUCUUGUUUUGACCUAACAGGACAAACUCGAUGACUUAAAAUGGAUGCUGUCCCAACUAUUUUUGAGUUUUGUACCCAUAUAAAGUCAAUGAAACUCAAGUCAAGGAAUCUUUUGAAGAAAAACGACAGUUUUACUGCAAGCGGAUCAUCUAAUUUAAAAUCAAACAGUAAUGAGCAAGUACUACUUGAACACAGUUGUGCUUCUAGGAAUCCGAUGGAGGCAAAAAAGAGAAUAAUUAAACUGGAAAAAGAAAUAGCAAGCUUAAGAAGAAAAAUGAAAACGUGCCUGCAAAAAGAACGCAGAGCAACUCGAAGAUGGAUCAAAGCCACUUGCUUUGUGAAGAAUUUAGAAGCAAAUAACAUGUUACCUAAGGGCAUAUCAGAACACCUUUUACCAACGGCCUUAAGCAAUCUUCCUUUGGAAGAUUUCAAAAUUCUUGAAGAUCAACAAGAUAAAACAUUUCCAGUUCUCUAAAAUACACCAAGAAUAUGUGCAUUUAAGUUUUUCUUACAAAGAACUUGUUGCCCAUCCUGCAUUCUUUUCAGAGGUGAAGAUCCUUCUGGCAGUCAUGACAAAAUUGAGUAUGUAAUAGUUUUACUUGAAGUAGCAGUAUUACUAUAUAACUUACAAAGGCUUAAUUAUAAAGAAAAUUUUUAAAAUUUUAUGAAAUGUGUAUUUGAAAAUGAACAGAAGUGCCUUACAAGAGAAUUAUGUCCUUAGAAAUUUUCUUAGGAAACUGUUAGCAAGGUUAUCCUUUUUUUGAAGCUACUAUAAAAGAACAACCAGUGACAAAUGGUAUGUUUAUAUUGGGGAAAAAGAUCCUUCACCAAAGUUGAUAUUACUUGCUAAAGAACAUACUAAAUAGGAGCUAAUCGUCUUAAAUACAACCUUAAAACUACUGGAUUUUAUAUUAAUAAGUAUUGGCAUUGUAGUUGAAAAUUUACAAUCUAAAACCUCUUGAGCACAUGGCAAGUUCUUUUAUUUCAACUUUCUGUAUUUUGUUGGCCAGUCAAAGUAAGCUUAUCAUGGCCUUCCUUAUAAUAACAUUGGAUUGUAAAGUAGAUUGUAAAAUAAUUUUAAAGUAAUAUUUGAAUGUGAAGUAACUUUGAGAUUCCAAAUUAGAUAAGGCCUCAGGUACCUCAGUCUGGGAAAACCAGCAAGUUCUGCUCACCUUCUAAGGAAACAUAGGGAAAAUAAUGAAGAACUCAAGAUCCAGCCUUUACUUUCAUAAAACAGAUAAAUGUGUACUACUCUUUGUCUUAUAAUGAAAAUACUGAAUUUCCAACCCAGCUUGGUGACACACACCUUUAAUCCCAGUAUUCGGGAGGCAGAGGCCAGUCUGGUCUACAUAGUGAGUUACAGGCCACCUGGGGCUACAGGAAGGCCCUGUCUCAUAAAGAUUUAAAAAAAAUAGAAAAGUUUAUUUUCAUCUUCACAGCUGGUGCACUAAGCCUAUUAGACAUAUCCCCCUUUGCUCCAUGUGUUGAUAGCAAAACUUUUAAGCUAUUAUUCUUUUUAACUACUUUCUAAGUGUCUUCUGUAUAUCAAGAAUAACUUUUUCCCCCUUCGUAAAUCACAGUAUAAUUUAAUCAGAGAAAUACUUAACCAUGUUGUAUUUUCAUAACUUAUAAGUUAAAUGGAAUUAAUUUAUCAAUUUGCACAUCACCUUGUUUUUUACUUAUUUUUAAGGAGUCACAGAACAACCAUAAUUCAUAAUGGAAAUAAAAUAAAAUAUAGUUCUCUAAGACAAUGUGUGUAUCUGUGAAUAAAACUAUGCAAAUACUAAUUAUUUGUGAAAUAGAAGUCUCAAAACUAUUCUUAUGGUUGCUACUUGCACCAUGAAAGGGUCUGCCUUAUUUCACUAAAUGCUUAAUAAGAACCCUUCCUUCAAAAAGCUUUGGUUAAAUAAUGUAAAAAUGUAUUAAUAUAAGUUGUUUAAUUCUGCUUCAUUUCAAGCUUGUGAUAUUACCAUAUGAAAAUCAUCUAUACCUGAUCAUAAAUUACUAUAACUCUUUCCUAUAAAGAAAUGGAAUUUUGGUUUUUUACCCGGUUUGGAUUUUCUGUCUCUUUUUUCUCCAGUAUCAGCACUUUUUUUAUUAAGGAAUACCUUCCCAGGAAAUGCAAAGGUAGGAAAAGUCUUUUAGUUCUCAUGAGAUACAACAAAUAUGUUUAAAAAUCCUUUUGUAGAUGUGAUAAACGUUGUUAAUAGUAUGAAUGUAGUCCUUGAAUUUGUCACUGUAUACUUUUUCCUUAAUUUUUUUCAGAUACCUUUAGAUCAUCAGCAAACAUACACUGCCUGUACCUACUCAAUAACCUAAAGUAAGGUAGGCAACUAAUCCUAUUAACAUAAAUUAGAUUCUCCAAAUAGAGUCUUCCAUGUGGUGCACCCCUGUACCCCAAGCACCAAACACUAAUCAAUGUGGUCCAGUUACAACCUACAGUAUUUUCAUACCUUAAUAUAUUUUUUUAA